UUCAAUUCCCCUCUUUCUCUCUCCUCCUCUGUUCUCCAAAACCUUCAUUUUAAUGGCGACCAUGGUUUACAGAAGCUUACAAUCAUGUCUCGACUCCCAUCUCGUAGACCAAAGAACCCUAAUUUUCCCACCCUUUGAUCCUCCUUUAAAGCCCCCUUUUUCCGACCCAUCUAAAUUCUUAAUCCAUUCCGAUCAAUGCGGCGGCGGUAACGGCGGAGACUGGCCUUCAGUACAAUCUCUCCUUUCCGGCGAGAAUCCGGUGAGGAAAUCGGAAUCGGUGUAUGUCCAUCCACUUGCUAAACGGUUCAACCUGACCGGCCUGAGCGAAAAAAGCUUGGAGCUCUGUACUGAAAAUUUGGGUAAUGAAACCGGCAUCGAUAUAAUCGAGAAUACCAUUUUCUCGCCGGAGACCGGCGGUGAGGAUUUGCAGACAAAAUGGGGAAAAAAAUCCCAUUCCUUUUCCCAUUCCAAUUCCCAUGAAUUUCCACCGCCGUUGACGACUAUAAGAGAAACAGAGUCGUUUAGGGUCAUGCCCCACCGGGAAGAAGGGAGGCUGAUAAUUUCGGCGGUGAUAACUCCAGCGAGGUCGCCGUGUUUUCAGGCGGAGAGAAGCGGCGGUCGGCUAAGGCUAUGUUUUGUGGAAACAGAGGAAAGUGAAGAAAUUGACGGCGGCGAUGAGGAGGAGGAGGAGGAGGAGGUCGGAAAAGAAACGGCGACGGCGAUGUUGGUGAAUGAAGGAAAUUUGGAUCAAUUUAGUAUUGCUACUUGUUGAGUGUAUACCCAUCUCGUAUUUAAAAUCACUUCGAACAUCACCACAGCUAUCGAGAAUGGAUACCCAUCUUGUUGAGACAUGUAAGGGCUAAUUCGUCUUUUUCAAAUUUUAAAAUUCGAUUCUUCCAAUUAUACUC